AUGACAGAAUAUAUUCCACGUCGUGGUGAUCAUUUAUAUGUUUGGCGUAAAAUUCGAACUUAUCAACAUCAUGGAAUUGUUGUAUCAAAAGAAGAUAUUAUUAAUUAUCUUUCUCCAGGAUUAAUUCCAACAUAUUUAGAAGAUUUAAUGAUUGUUGAACAAAAUUUAAAUGGAUUAGCUAUUGUUACAUUAAAACAAUUUCGUUGUGAACAUCCAUUUAAUUAUAUUCAUGAUAUAUCUUAUGCUAAAUAUAAAACAGAUCCAAUGGAUUAUUAUUUAAAUAGAAGUGGAACAUGUUAUUUAACAGAUAGAUUAUCUCAAGAUAUUAUUGUUAAAAAUGCUUUAUUUAUAUAUAAUGAUAAAAACCAAAGAGAUAUAUGGAAAAGUUAUAGUCUUGUUAUUAAAAAUUGUGAACAAUUUGCAUUUAUUUGUUCAACAAGUGUUGAUUAUGUAUUAGGUGAACAAGUUCUUAUGGCUUGUAAUGGUGUUAAAUGUUUUUUUAUAAAUGGAAUGUAUAAUGCUACCAAAUUUACUUUUCAAAUUAUUCGACAAUUAUCAGGUGAAUUUAUUUCUGGAGUACCUUUAGAUACGAUUAUAAAAGGAAAUGGUUUAGCUGCUCUAACAGCUUUUACAUUAGAAGGAUUAAUAUUAUCUAUUCGUUUAUUUAUUUAUUAUUAUUAUGAAGAAGAUCGUUCAAAAAAUUUAGCUCGAAAAUGUGCAAUAACACCUGAAGAUUAUAUUCAAGAAAUGAUUCAAUCAGGUUUUGGAAGUUUAUCUGCAUUUGGAAUGUCAAUAGCUGGAAUAAUGGUUGGUUCAACAUUUUUUAUUAGUUCAAUUUCACCAAUGGUUUGUUCGAUUUUUUUUGGAUUUAUUGGAUAUAUUGCAGCUAGAUGGUUAACUGGUUUAAUCAUUAUUAAAAUAAGAAAAAAAUUCUCUAGUAAUGAUAAACAAAUAAAUAUCGCUUUUAUAAAUCCUCCAGGUGAUGAUCAUGAUAGAAUUGAAUUUAUUUGA